AUGAUUACAAACGCAUCAAUUGUUCCGGGUGAAGGACUUGGAAACUCAAUAAGGCUCGGUAGACUGAUGUAUUCGAUUAUUAAUCUGCUAGAUAGAUUUCACUAUAGAAUGAAAAUAUCGUAUUCCGAAAAGCAUUAUCUAGAAACUCCAAUUACAGUAACAGUCCCAGAUAUAGGGCUUAGGAUGGUUUUCGAGAAUUCUGACAAGCAAGAACUUGUUUUGAUUGAAGUGAUUGAUUUCAAGAGCUUAAAGUUGAAUUAUAAUGGGAUUAACUUGAAUGACAUAGCGGAAAAUACUAAGGAUACGUACGAAAUUGAAGCACAAGAGAACUCGGAUAUCGUUCCUACCGUACCAAAGUGGGCGGAGAAUGAAGAUCUGCAACAGAGAACGAAUAUCACACUCCCGAAUUUAAAACAAAUAUACAAUCAAACUUUUGGCCCUACAUACCCUGGGAAAUUGUCAAAAAAUUCAGAUUACUACACCUUAUCUUACCCAGGAAUUUCAUUUAAAUUCAAGAUAAACCUGAAUGAGUUGAUUAACAAGUUGAUAGGAUUAGGCACAAACGUAAAUGAUAAUACUAUUUUAUCCAAACUUUUAAAUUGGGACAAAAGUAGUGACAUUGCAUGUGAAUCACUUUCAAUUUACCUGGGUUCAUCAUGGGAGAAUUUUUAUGAAACGUUCCAGAGAAGCAUUCUAGACAGUAAGCAAACAACUAAAUUAAGAAAUAAGGCCUCAUCUUCAGCCAUCCAUAUUUCCAAAUUAUUAGUGAACUUAAAGUUAGGCAUCAUUAAAUUGAUAUUUGAGGCUACUUCUGAUAAGAAUCGACCUCAGGAAUAUGUCAUUAAAAUUGGCGAGACAACCCAACAAGAAGUCUUGAAUAUAUUGGGCUCUCCGGACGAUUAUUUUAACAAGUUUGAUUCCAGAUUAUUGAUCCAUAAUCAUUUAUCAAAGUCAUUCAAAAUUGAUUUGCAUGAUAAUUCGAUUUAUAAGUUCCACAAUUACUUCCGAUUUGGGCUUGACUUUCUAUAUGAUCUCAAUUCAAGCAAGUCGAAAUCUACAGGUGUCUUAAAAAAACUCAUUAUUCAUAAUGGUGGCAUUAUUGAAAGUUUAGAUUUCAUGAAAUGGAAUAAAUGCAACUGGCAAUUAAUAUCCGGCCAAUACUCUGAUACCGCACAUCCGUUCGAAUUACAAGAUGAUAUUUCAAUUGAUUCAUCCAUGUAUUUCAAUGACAUUCCUCCUGAAUUCUUUAACAAGAUUGAAGGAAACACUAGUUUACGGCCUGUUUUAUUGAAUAGAAAUGAAACUGAAUUCAUUGAUAAUGAUUUAGAUAUCAUCAACCCUGAUGAAAUUAGUGACAACAAUAAUACAAUUCUCGAAAAGCAUUCAUCUAGAGAUUCUACUGUUUCUGGUCACACUUCUAAAACAAAAACUUGGGGCCAAUCUAAAUUAAUAGGAUGCAAUAGAUGCAUAUGGGAAGUAGUGGAAAGUAAUGGAUGUAUAACAUCUAUCACAAUUUUUUAA